UUUUUAGUAGAGACGGGGUUUCACCGUGUUAGUUAGGAUGAUCUCGGCUCGUCUCAAUCUCCUGACCUCAUGAUCCGCCCGCCUCGGCCUCCCAAAGUGCUGGGAUUACAGGCGUGAGACACUGAGCCAGGCCCCUUCUCCUUCUGAAGAAAGGAACAACUGUAUCUUAUGUUUGCCACACAGUAUUUGUUUCCUCAGCUCCACAAAGGUCUGACAAAUGGUGGGACCUCACCUGUUCUGAUGGGGGCUCCCAUUUCUGCCCCUUCUGGAGGACCAGGAACACUAUCGCCUGCCAGAGCUUGGAAGGAAGGACUCUUCUCUCUCUACAGUUGUGCCAUCUUCCUCCAGCACCAGGAAGAAGGGCUUGUCUGCCAGUAUCAAGAGUGUCCUGGACCUGGGGAAUAAGGGUCUUGACUGUUGCCCAAGCUGGAAUGCAGUGGCACAGUCACUGCUCACUGUAGCCUUGACUCUGGAGCUCCAGUGAUGCCCCCACCUCUCUGUGCAGCUGUGUGACCUCAGAUCCUGAAGAUCUUCGAUCUUCGUGGACAAUCUCUUUGCUAUCAUCCUGCUGAAGCAGGCCACAGCCAUGCGCUGCUUGGACAUGAGUGCCUCCCGUAAGAAGCUGGCCGUGGUAGAUGAAAACGACACUUGCCUGGUGUAUGACAUCGACACCAAGGAGCUGCUUUUUCAGGAACCAAACGCCAACAGUGUGGCCUGGAACACCCAGUGUGAGGACAUGCUCUGCUUCUCGGGAGGAGGCUACCUCAACAUCAAAGCCAGCACCUUCCCUGUGCACCGGCAGAAAUUCCAGGGCUUUGUGGUUGGCUACAAUGGUUCCAAGAUCUUCUGCCUCCACGUCUUCAUUUCUGCUGUGGAGGUGCUACAGGUAACUGGGAGUGCCCGUCCACUCUCAGCGCUGGCAAGGCUGACAAGACCAGGGAAGCCAGGCCCCUUGCUGGUGCUUUGGGGAGAGUAGCAAGGAGAGAAGAAUGGCAACUGUGAUGUCGUGGGAGGCAGUCUGGGCUUGGAACCUGCGGUCCUAUAUCCACUCCUUGCAACCUGUGUUUCUGGGGGCAAAUAGCUCAACCUCCCUGUGCCUCAAUUUCUUCCUGGUCCCCCUUCUGGUAGGGAUGGGAGGGGUAUACAGUGUUGUCAGUAGAGUGUAUUUUACGGAGAGC